AUGGGAAGCCUGCCAAACUUGAGCGACCUUUCGUCGGAGAAGCUCGAGCGCCGGAUAGAGGAACGAGAGCGCAUUCAGGCGCGCGAUCGAAUCAUUCAGCGAGAUUUCGGUCGUGAAAAGGACUCGGCCCGGACGCUGGAACGGCCUGUCUUUAUCCACAAGCAACAGAUCGCGGCAGCGAAAAGUUUCCUCUCGCAAAAAUGUCCUCCCGGUUCGCGGAAAGUGCUGCGAACGCGAAGUUCGGGCCAAGCGCACCACAUUUGGGACGAUCCGAUAAUAGACCAGUACCUUAACAACUACUCGCCAGCCUCGAACCGCAGCCACCGGAUCUCGGUUGGUCCAACCUUCGCGCCCGCGUACCAGUUCCAGUCGUCGACGCUAGGCAAUCGGCACCGGCGGGACUCCGUCAACAGCUCCAUCGGGGCGACGUCCGUGCGCAAGUUGCUGAUGGUGCAAAACCGCAGCUACGGCUGCCGGCACAAGAUUCCGUCGCACGUCCGCUCGAAGAUGAUGAAAAACUUCAUCCUGGUGGCGGUCGCACACGGGUUCAUGUGCUCUGCGCUGGUGCCGCUCGUCGUCCUGCAGGGUGCCAACUCGACCUGGUUUCAGCAGGAGUCCUGGCUCGCAGCCGGCCCCGACGUUGGUUCCGGUUUGCUCAGUCUGUGUUGUGCCGUGACUGCCGGCAUGAGCCUAGCGACGACUAAGCUGGUGCAACGGUUUGGUUACUCGAUCGUCCUGGCAGCUAGUUACGGUGCGCUUUGCCUCUUCCUGGCGGCGCACAUAUAUCCAGUGUUGUUGUCCCUCGUACCCGGCUAUCUGCUGUUGGGGCUGCUGCUUGGGCCUUCCAUCGUGUGCAAGCAAGCACUGCUCGUGUCGAUGGCGGGCAAGUUGAGCUGUUCGCAGCCUGAAUGUGGUGGAGCUAGCACGGCUGGUGCCAGCGCGGAUAGUUACGAUGAUCAUCGGUUGCUGUGCAGUCGAGAGGAACAAGUUCGGCGGCUUGGCCGAUGGUUUCGAGCAGCGGGAGACUUGGGCAUCAUCAUCGGUACGAUCGUGGCAGCGUUCGUGUUAACCUGCGCCUCUGGAUCUAACCGGAUCGGGUGUUACUACAUAUCGAGUCUCGCACAACCCGCUCCGGACGCGGCCCUGACGGGGAUCUCGAACGGAACCGCUAACCAACUCGGGCCAAACGUUUCCCAAAGUGAUCCUGUGCUCGACACUGGCCUACCCGUAUACAGGGACAUGCUAAUGUCGCUGCCGGGUGACACGGAUACGACGACAGCGCCACCGGAAACAACGACCGACGCUCAACCCACCAAACCGACCCCGGUGAAGAUCGUCACGCCCUCGAUGCCGACACUGCGCGAAACGAUGUACUUUCUGUACAACAUUCGGCUACCUGAUCCAACCGGCCAUGGCAGCAGUGAGGAGGGCUACCAUCUUUCGAGCACUUCCGGUGGCAUGCCCGAGGAGCUUCGGGAUGUCGCAGGUCCUCUGAUGGACCGCUUCCCGUACAGCAUGUUUCAAACGAACGAUUAUGGCGAACGGAUCUGCGGAUCUCACCUGUGUCCGGUGUGGGACAGGAACCUGCCGGUCAACAGCAGCGCACUGGAGAAUCAACUGAAACUGCAGGGCUACACAGGUGCGACGCCAUUGAUGGGGAUCUACCUUGUGUUCGGGUUGCUAGCAUUCAUCGUUACCGCUUUCACGACCGACAUAGAGUUUAACGUCAAGUUUGACUCCAUCCGCCGGAUGUCGGAUACAUUGCUGUUUGCUGGGCCGCUCGCCUAUUUUGUUGGCACGGAGCAGGCUUACAUGACUGCUGAUUUCAUGAAGGCGUUUGUGGCGUGUGAGCUAGGACCAAACAGUGUGGCGGGUGUGUUGGUCGGUAUGGGCGUGAUGCAACUUAUUGCGGCCUGCACCUUAAGUAUGCUGCUCAGACACACCAAGCGUGUUGUAGUCAUCGUUGCUGGAUUUAUGUUCCACGCCUGCUUACUGCUGGUGUUGCUGCGCUGGAAACCUUCCAGGGACGAUAGUGCGGUACUGUACGUCAUACCGGCCGCUUGGGGUGUCUGCAAUGCCGUCUGGGAGACGCUUCUGUUCGCGUUGACUACGCUAACGCAUCCGAACAAAUUCACCGAGGUUACAGCACCUCUGCAGGCUCUUCGAUUUCUCGGGCUGGCCGUUACGUUUGCAGGACAUGGUGUGCUCUGUGAGGGCCCUAAAAUUAUCAUCCUUGCGAUACUGCUGGUGAUCUCCGUCAUCCCGUACACGAUGCUCGAGUUGAAGCUCGAAAACCAGCGGAAAGCGCUGAAACUAAGCUUGUGACGAUUGUGUGCGCACGAUUACUAAUGUUUGGUGAAGCAAAAGCACUACUGAGCACCCCG